UCUUGUUGUUUGGUUAUGUGUGAAGCUUCCUCUCUCUCCUAUUGGGAAAUUGAUGGAUGGACCGGUGUUCCUUCCUUAAAUCGCAACGCUUGCCAGAUCCCAUCGCCCCGCGGAAAUGGCGUGCGACCGUUGCUUGCAAUACCGAAGCAUAACUUAUCGCUGCUCCAUAGAUGCUUAGUAUUGUCUUCGUCUACUGUUUUGUUGAGCUUUGUUUCUUCUAUCCCUAAAAGUAGGCCGUUGCGGGUGUGGGUGCGGGUGCUACGGCUUGGUUUCUUCUGUUUGAUGCCGCCAAGGAGAAGAAAGGGAACGGAACUGACUAAGGCGGUAGAGCUGCGGGUUGGAGAUCUGGUUCUCGAGAAGGUCUAGGGAUUUCCCGCGUGGCCUGCAUGAGUACGCACGUCGUACAUCAACCCUUCAAAAGCCUUGGGUGGUUCGGAUUCUUAUCGAGGCUGCGUUGUUUUUUUUUUUUUUGCUUUUUAAAGAUUGAGUUUUCCUACAAAGGUGGAUGAAAAUGGGCAAGGCACAACAUCUGAACUUUCCAUCCUGAAUAUUAAAGUGUAUAAUGAUCUUAAAAUGCGAAAAAGCCAUAAAGGACAAGAGAAAGUGAAGAAGGUUUAUUCUGUGGGUUGUGAACCUGCUCGUGAAGUAAGAGCAGAGUUCACCUCUGUAGAUUUUCUUGGAGAUGCUCAGAAGUUGGAAGGACAAACUACCAAUGGGGUAAAACCUGGCACUGUGGUACGUAGCAAGAAAAAAUCAGCUGAAAAUUACAUGCCAAGGCAAGAUCCUCUAAAAGGAAAACUAGCAACUUCAGAGGGCAAUCUAGUAUUGGAGGCUUCUGUAGACUAUAGAGGUGACUGCUUCCAGUUUGGAGCUAUUACACGUAAAAUGAUUGGUAAUGCAGAUUUUUCCUCUGCUAAAAGAUCAAUAUUUAAAGAUGAGAGAGUUAAUAGCUCCAAAAACUCCAGUAAAAAUGAAUCAUCACAUUUCAUAGAAGCAAAAAGGAAUAACAAGAAUCCAAGUAUUAUAAGGUCCGGGUCUAUAAGAGCUGAUAAUUGCACCCCAUCUACAACAGAGCCAUAUGAUAACAUGAACACGCCACAACUAAUGAAGUCGUUUAAGGGAUCAGGUGAUGUUUCAAUUUCUUCAUCUGCUGGCAUUGAAGACUUAAUAAAGAAGAGCUUUAACGGGACUAAUGGAAGGAAUUUUAAACACAAUAAGACCUCUGGUACCCAUGUGCGCUCUCGAAGGAGAGCAUUGAGGUUUGUGGAAGAUGAUGAUGGGGAAGAAUGUAGAACUCCAAUUCACCAUGUUACAGCGGUCACCUUGAUGAGAGAAUAUUCAGGCACAUUUGAUUCUGAAAGAAAAUCUCAAAUGCAGCCAGAAUCUUGCAAAGACUUUCCCCAGAAUGCUUCACUUUCAAAUACGGGUUUCAGUUUAAUUGGGAAUGUGGGCUCUAGAGUUGAUGAAAGACCUAGCAAUCUCACUGGGAAUAUGGAGAUGAUGGAUAGUUGCUUUUCAGCUUCUAGACCACGUAAUGUUGAAGCAAAUGUGCUGAAAUAUUCUGCAAACUUGCUUGAAUGCUCAAAUUCUGUGAAGCAAAAAAAGUUUAAAACUGCUUUUCCAAAUGGCAGAGCAGCCAAUGAAAAACUGGCAACCUUAGUUUGCCCUGGCAAUAUGGACAAGUUGGCGAGUCUCAAAACUCUCAAGGAUCAGGUUAGAGGGGAAAAUCCUUAUAAUGCUCAGUUUGGUGAGUCGUGCAAAGCUUUUGGAACGUCACACUUUUCUUGCAGUCCUGCCAUCUCACAAAAUCCUAAAUUACCUUUGGAGAAAUCCAAAUCCAACAGUUCGGGACUUACUUUUACUGAGAACAGCUCCAUUGUUAAUUUUUCAGCUGAGUGCUAUACUGUGAAAGAUGUUUCAGCAGGACAAAGAUCUGAUAUUACGAGGGAAGCUACUUCUGCUGAUUCUUCUGCUGAUAGCAAAUUGACUGAUUCUGGUAUGUCGAUGAAACAUCUUAUUGCAGCUGCUCAAGCUAAAAGAAGGCAAGCACAUUCUCAUCAGCUACAUGAUGGAAAUGGUACCCCUCGUUCAUCCCUCACUCCACAAUGUAUCCGUGGGAGAAGCCCCAACCAAAUGUCUACCGUGCAAACUCUCCCAUCAGGAGGAGAUCCUUUUCAGAAAGAUAAAAAAUGGUUUCAAACUUCUGUUCAUAAUGAGCCUUCUCUGACUUCGCAUCAGUUUCUUCCUGAGAAAUGGAGAGACCAUGAGGAUUUUGACCACAGACCUAGUACAAGAAACCUGCAACCUACUGAUUCUUCAAGUGGUGGUACUGAAGCUGCAGUUGCUCGAGAUGCUUUGGAAGGAAUGAUAGAAACAUUAUCACGGGCUAGAGACAGUAUUGGACGCGCAACUCGUCAUGCUAUCGACUGUGCCAAAUAUGGUAUUGCCAAUGAGGUCGUUGAACUUCUUAUCCACAAAUUAGAAGGUGAACCUAGCCUUUCUCAUAGGAUAGACCUGUUCUUCCUUGUGGACUCUAUUACUCAAUGCUCUCAUGCUCAGAAAGGCAUUGCAGGGGCAUCAUAUGUUCCUAUUGUGCAAGCAGCUUUACCACGCCUAUUGGGUGCUGCUGCUCCUGCUGGGCCUUCCGCUCAUGAGAAUAGACGUCAAUGUCUAAAGGUUUUGAGGCUGUGGCUGGAGAGGAAAAUUCUGCCAGAAUAUUUUCUUCGUAGCUGCAUGGAUGAAAUUGAGGUUCGUAAUGAUGGCUUGAAUUCUGAGGUUUCUCAUAGAAUUCCAUCUUGUGUUGAGCAAUGUGUGGAUGAUCCGAUUAGAGAAAUGGAAAGCUUGCUCGUUGAUCAGUAUGGAAGCAAUACAACAUUCCUGUUUGCUGGAAAUUUCUCUGCAGAUGAUUUGGAAGGUGAUGAAGAUUUUCGAAGCAGUCCAUACACUGGUACCACAGAUUGUUCUCCACAUGAAGCGGGUGGUGUUUCUGAAGUGCUUCUUGGCUCUGAAGGCCGUCGAAUGGAUGCACAUCACCAUGCAUUGGAGCAUGUAGAGAAUGAGAUAGAGAUGGAAGAUGCACUUACAAUAUCUCCUGAUGAGAGAUCUAUUGGAGGCGGUUCUUCCUAUAGUCUUCCUGAUCAGGAGAAUUGCAGGGUUUUUGAAUCUACAUGUGGGAAUCAAAAUGAGCUCUUACUUCUACGGGAAGGUUCUCCUCCUCUUCCUUUAGAUCCUUCACUUGCUACACCGCCAUUGCCUCCUUCACCGCCUCCCCCUACACCUCCACCUCCAUCAUCACCCCCACCCAUGCCACCACCAAAAUCACCUCCUACAAUACCACUUCCAUUAGAACUAUCUGCAGUAAUAUCUCUCACUCAGUCACAAAUGCCAUCGUCUUCUUGUCCAUAUAGAUGUAAUCCUUCCCUUCGGAAGGAAUAUUGCAGGAUGGAAAAUGACAAGAAGUUACUUCAGCCAAUUGGCAAGAAUGCCACUGAAGUUUCAACUGUUGAAUUGAAAAAUGAUUCCGUUGUGCAACAAUCUCCUAUUUUUUUGGCAACUGGAAUUAACAAUACAGAGUUCAUGUUUGGCAUUACAUCUUCCUUACCAUUUGAAAUUGCACAUGACAGGCAUUUAACGCAUGAAGUUUCCCACUCCAGUAAAUUGUUUCAACAAUGCGGUGAAACUAUCCAGCAGAUGCCUUCAGAUUCUGCUCUGCCAGCACUGAGGAUCCUAAAUCAUCCACUUCUAAGUUCUCAAAUGUUAUCAGAUCCUCUUUCUCAUGGGAAUUCCAUUUGCCAACACCAUUUACAGCAAAAAUAUAGUCCUUACACCUCAACAUUUCCAUUUGGUCAAAGGAAAUAUGGUGCUGAGGAGCAAUGGAUGUCACAUUGUAGUGAUGUUGAUCAGGAUAAUUAUGAUGCUUGGAACAUAGGAAGGAAAAUAUCAUCAUGUAUUAGUGCACCUUCUGUUCAAGAUGGCUGUUGCAGAUUAAAUAUGGAAAGAACUUCUACUUCCAUUGAUUUUCAUCAUCCUCCACAUUAUUCAGCACCAUCUCAAGCUUCAUUGACAGGUGAUAGUAUUCACAAUUUUACUGGUAUAGAUUUUUGGAGGCCCACAUAAAUGUAUUUAUUGUUUGUCCAAGGGGUCUGGUUUAUGGGAGAUUCAAAGUUUUGUAAAUUUAUAUUGUGGUUGAUUUCUUGAUGAUACCCAAAGUUUCGCUGAUAGAUGAAGAGAGAGGCAUUUGGUUUUUUCAGGAAUUUGUAAAUUGCAGUUUUUACUGAUCUUAUACAACAACAGAUUUUUCAGCAAUAAAUGUAAGGCAAUGUAAAUUGGAGAACUGAAAAUUUGCAAUAACAUUUUCUUUAUCAAUUGAAUUUCUAAUCCUACUGAAAACCUUCAACUUCA